CCUGACUGCCGUUCCCCUCCGACACGUUGACCGCUCUGACAGCGUCUCCCCUCGGGAUAAAUGAAGCCCACUGCCAGAGGGGGAGGAAGAUCGCACAGCUGGUGGAGAUGUCGCCACCUGCUGGACUGAAUCGGGGUCGACAACCAGCCCUUUUGUGUGGUCCAGACAGCCUGUGUUAGCGUUGCAUUCGGGGAGCUCUCGGACACAGUUUAGCUGGAGAGAUGGCGUCCCUUUUGCAACCAAAUAGAGUAGUUUAUCUUGUUCGCGGGGAGAAAAAGAUUAGAGCCCCCUUAUCGCAACUUUACUUCUGUCGCUACUGUAGCGAACUGCGGUCUUUGGAAUGCGUGUCUCACGAGGUGGACUCGCAUUAUUGUCCAAGUUGUCUUGAAAACAUGCCUUCUGCUGAAGCCAAAUUGAAAAAGAACAGAUGUGCGAAUUGUUUCGACUGUCCUUGUUGCAUGCACACACUGUCAACACGGGCCACUAACAUCCCAGCUCCUGUGCCUGACGAUCCCACUAAGACAACCAUGAAGAAAGCGUAUUAUUUGGCCUGUGGCUUUUGUCGCUGGACUUCAAGGGAUGUGGGAAUGGCUGACAAAUCAGUCGCUAGUGGUGGAUGGCAGGAGCCAGAGAACCCCCACGCUCAGCGGAUCAAUAAGCUGAUUGAGUAUUAUCAACAGCUGGCUCAUCGAGAGAAGCAGGAGAGAGACAGGAAGAAGAUGGCCAGGAGACGACAGUGCAUGCCGCUGGCCUUCUCGCAACACACUAUACAUGUGGUGGAAAAAUACGGCCUUGGCACCAGACUGCAGAGGCAGAGGCCCGGAGCUCCCUUAUCAAACCUGGCCGGUCUCUCACUCAAGGAGGGCGAGGACCAGAAGGAGAUCAGCAUUGAGCCCGCUCAAGCCCUUGAUGAAGUGGAGCCGCUGCCUGAGGAUUUUUACACCAGACCUGUCAGUUUGCCAGAAGUCACCACGCUGCGACAGAGACUUCUGCAGCCAGACUUCCAGCCUGCGGGAGCGUCUCAGCUCCACCCCAGACACAAACACCUUCUGAUGAAGCGCUCGCUGCGCUGCAGGAAAUGCGAGCACAACCUGAGCAAGCCAGAGUUUAAUCCCACUUCAAUCAAGUUCAAAAUACAGCUGGUGGCUGUGAGUUACAUUCCCGAAGUGAGAAUUAUGUCCAUUCCAAAUCUGAGAUACAUGAAGGAGAGUCAGGUGCUGCUAACUCUGACCAACCCAGUGGAGAACGUCGCCCAUGUGUCAUUGGCUAUUUGUGAGGAUGAUGAUCCUGAUGGUAUCAACAGAACCGCUCAGAUCCUGGUACCCAAUACUGAGCUGGUUUUAGCAGGAAAGGAUGCUGCUGCUGAGUAUGACGAAUUGGCCGAACCUCAGGACUUUCAGGACGAUCCGGAUGUUGUUGCCUUCAGGAAAUCCAACAAGAUUGGUUUUUUCAUCAAAGUGAUCCCGCAGAAAGAGGAGGACACGGACGUCACUGUCGCAUUUAAGAUGCGGCACGACUUCCGCAACCUGGCAGCUCCCAUCCGGCCGAGCGAGGAGGGAGGCGACGCCCCCGCCGCCGAAGCCAUUUGGCUCACGCACCACGUGGAGCUGAGGCUGGGACCUCUCGCUCCCUGAACACAAAACACUAGUGUUGGGCUCUUCUGGAGCCAGUUCCCUCAAACUACAAAAUGAUCGUAGCGAACAACUGAUUUCUGAUUCGGCUCAUUGUUUCAACUGCUUUGUUUUCUGUUUAAUUGCUUACUUAAAUAAAAUAACAACUUAAAAAAAAGCUGCACAGCUGCUGCCAGCUCAUAAAAUAAUUUCACAGCUGCAGAGUAACUGAUAAUAGGUGGGCUAUAAUAUAUUUAACCGGAGCAUCCACUUCCUGUCAGUGGAAGUGCAUUGUUUACUUACAGGAAGUGCCUCAUUAACACGCAAAGCUUCUUAUUAAAUAGGUUUUAGUGUCAUUUCUAUUUAUUUUCCAGUUUUAUUUAAAGGAGAUGACCCCCUGUAGUACAUGACAGUGUUUAGUUACUAUAGCAACACUUCUCAAACCUGCACGUUUAGUCAUCAAUUAAUCUAAUGGUGGUUAACUGUCUUAAAAUGCAAACUAACAGCAUAAGUUUUAACGUAUGUGAGGAUCAUUCAGUCAAACAUUACUGAGGCUUGUGAGCAGGAUCAGAAAUCAGAUUUGUAAUAAAAAAAACAGUUGUAAUUUAUGUAUCAACACGAUUCUCUGCAGGCUGUAGUGUUGUAUUAACUUGCAUGUUCCAACAGUUAAAAAUUAUGGACAUCACUUUCAUUGAUUCUGUCUAUGCUUUUUUUUUGGUGAACAAGCUGCUAUUUCUCCUCUGAAGGAAGUAAACGAAGAGCUACACGCAAAUUGGAAGGCAGUGUUUAUUUUCACGGAUUAACAGUCGCUGCCUACAAUCGCUGACAAGGAUUUUAGUCAGUCGCACAUUCAGCAGCACACUACCGAGGCGGAGGAGAGAGAAAAAAAAAUCCUGAGCAUAAUUUAUUAUUCCAGGAGGAUGUUUUAUAAGCCAGGAGAUUUACAUUUUUUCCCUCUCUGCUGACAACCAUAAACACUGCAACUGAAGGACCCAGAUUAUGAAUCUGCCAGCACUGUUCUCAAACCAGGGGAAAGAAAGGUUUCUGUUUUUUUGCAUUUAACUUCUCCUUUAAUAUCUUAGUCAUUAUUGUUAGGGUACUAUAAAGUUAUAAAAGUAUUCCUCUAAAUUACACCAAUACAUGAAGUGCAUAUUUCCUGCCACACUAUUGCUUUGCUUGAUUUAAAACACUGUCUGUUUUGUAAUUGUCUUUUUUUUUGUUGUUGCUUUCUUGUGGAUGCCGGACAAACAAUACCUGUACAUCAGUUUGAGCUGGCUAAUAAACAGUUCAAACCCUCA